AUUCUUCGAGAGGUGGUCUACCUGUACAGAUCUCACAUACGAAGUUUUUAAAAAAUUAUCAGUUUGGCUGUUUUGGAUUUCUAACUUCAUUUCGGCGUCCCGAGGAAUUUCAGGUGUUUGAAGUUCUGUGGUUAAGACAUCGGAGUAGAAGAUGAGCGAUCGGGAUGACUGUAGUUAUCUUGAUGAUAACAGUGACGAUGGAAAAGCAAGAAAAGCGAGUUUGAUGGAAUCACAAUGCGAAAAGUUAGUGAUUGAAGAUUCGAUUGUAAAUGAUUUUACAGACAGAUGUCUUCACGUGAAAGGAAAUAUUGGUCCGUUCAAGUAUUACUUCAACCCACUUACCACCGUGGCGUCUGCCAUCAUAAUAUGGGCGUUUGUUGUAUGGUGUAUUGUGCUGCCCACAGAAUCUUACAAUGAGAUCAAGACAUGGAAAAUUUGGAUCACAGAAAAGUGGACGUGGUUAUAUAUUGGUACCCAGGACGUUUGGGCGUUAUUUAUAAUUGUUUUGUAUUUCUCAAAAUACUCACAUCUGAAACUUGGAGGAGACAAUGAAAAGCCUGAAUUUUCAGAUGGUUCCUACUUCACCAUGCUUUUCGCUGCGGGAAUUGGAAUCGGGUUGUUCUUCUUUGGAGUUGCAGAACCUGUGUACCAUAUGGAACCAGGACAGUAUGGAAACAGAUAUUGGGGAAGAUAUUCUGAUAAUCAACGUGCUCAGGAUGCAAUGAAUUUGACUUUCUUUCACUGGGGUUUACAUGGUUGGGUUGUGUACGUUUUGAUUGGUCUGCUUCUUGGUUUCCUUAGUUACAGAAAGGGUCUACCAAUGACAAUGCGUACAUGCUUUUAUCCUUUGUUAGGUGAAAAAGUAUUUGGUAGGAUUGGUGACAUGGUUGAUACAUUGUCUAUUAUAUGUACCAUGUUUGGCGUUUGUACUAGUUUGGGUUUGGGAGUGAUCCAGCUCAACAGUGGUUUGCAUCGAGUAAAUAGCAACAUUGCUGAGACCGUUACUGUCCAAAUUAUUAUCAUCUGGGCUAUAACUGCUGUAGCCACAGUGUCCGUCAUAAGUGGAUUGAAAGUCGGUAUAAGAAGAUUGUCUGAGGUUUGUUUUGGAGUAGGAUGCCUUAUCAUGUUGAUUGUGUUUUUUGCUGACGACACCUGGUUUCUACUCAAUCUUUUCGUUCAGUCCAGUGGCUAUUAUUUGCAGUGGCUUGUUCAGAUUGGUUUCCACACAGACGCCUUCGCAAUGAAAGGUGACGCACCAGAUGGAAAGCAAAAUUCAACAUGGAUGGACGCUUGGACGAUAUUUUACUGGGGCUGGUGGAUAAGUUGGUCUCCGUUUGUUGGCAUGUUCAUCGCAAAAAUAAGCCGUGGUCGAACAAUCAAGGAAUUUAUCAUGUACACACUUACUAUACCAAUUGUGUACACGUUCUUUUGGUUGACAGUAUUUGGUGGCGCUGGCAUAAGUAUGGAACGGAAAGCGCAGAACUUGAACAUCACAUGCGAGAUGUACAAACCUACUGGCAUUGGCGCUACUGCUAUUUGGGAUAAAUAUAAUUUGCACAAGCUAUCGUGUCGAGCAUCUACUGAAAUGUGGUUUGACGUAGUCGAACAAUAUGGUGACAUUGGAUCGCUUCUGUCCAUCUUAUCGUUGAUUGGAUUAGUGUUGUAUUUUGUAACAAGUUCUGAUAGUGGAUCUUUAGUUAUUGAUUGUCUGUCUGCAAACGGCAGUCCUGAUCCUCCUCUAUUGCAGCGAAUAUUUUGGGCUCUUACUGAGGGUGCUACAGCUACUGCUUUGCUAAAAGCUGGCGGGACGGAAGCGUUACAAGCGUUGCAAACAGUAGCGGUGGCGGCGGGCUUGCCAUUGACUAUAAUUUUGAACUUUGCUUGCGUGGCUCUGUGGAGAGCCGUGCGUGUGGAAUUUGGUGAGAUUAAAGAAGACGAUGGAAAAUGGAAAAUAAGUUUGUUCGACUCUUUUUCUUCAUUUAGAAGAAUACAAAAAACGUUGUUUUCUGUCAUCGCACCAUGGUAUUUGGUAUCAAAAUCCACAUCAACUCUUUCCAAGACGGAAACAAAAUCAUUUGUUCAAAAUAGUAUUGUACUUGCAACUUUGUUUUAUGGAUGGCUUGUGUUGUUGUGUCUAGAAGCAACCGUGGCAGGAAUUAGUUAUGUUGGCUGGUCUCUGCUACUCGCUUUCUUCGCUUGCGCAAGUAGUAUUCGUUCGGCUGUCAGGGAAAAGUAUGACUUGCAAGGAAAUAUGGCAGAAGAUUUCUUUGCAUUUUGUUUGAUGUACCCUUGUGCUACCGUGCAGCUCCACGAAGAAGUUCAAGGGACACGGCCGCAAGCUACGCAAGAAAUGACUCUUGUUUGAACUGGUUCAACCCUUUGUACUCAAAUUUCCUUUGACCAACUUAAGUGCAGGAGAGAUGUUUAGAAAAAAAGUAUAAAAAUCUGUUGUUUGUUAAUAUAUUUAAUUUAUUUGACUUAGAUACAUGUGAAUAAUAUUAUAUUGAAUUUCAAGAAGAGAUCGUCUUUUCGACAA